AUGGACUCGCUUGCUAGGAAAAUUUCAGCUGGUCUUCUGUCAUCUGCUGUUAGUAGUGGGUUGGUUGCUGGUGUUGCUUGUGAUGUUCCUGAAGAUGUUGUGUACACUGAUGUACAUAAAGCAGUAAGAAUCGGGGACAGCGUUGUCCUGAAAUGUCAGUUUCGAGGGACACCAUCAGCUGUCUACUGGAAGAAAGGAGAUGAUCCAAUGCAUGCACCAACCCUGGUCUCAUGGAUUACAGGAGACCCUGUUACAGGAUCAUGUGAAGGUGAAAAGCUGUGUCAGAUCAUGGAGAUGAAUGCAGAGUUCUCCUUAAUCAUCAAAGAAGUCAGCAUUGUAGAACAAGGACGAUAUGUAUGCAGGGUAGCAAACUACAAGGGGAUACCGAUACACAACUUUACAGACAUCAGUGUUUUUUCUCCCCCCAAGGACCCCUACCCAAUCAUCAAUGAAUGUCAAAUGAUCUCUCCAAACUACACUAAAACUCCCUGUAUUAUUUCAACGAGUCAAUCAGUCGAGAUAAGCUGCUCAGCUUCAGGUUACUUUCCAGAUAUUGAUCUUUACUUUCUACAUGGAUCCACACGUCUUUACACGAAAGACACGAUUGAAGUUACGAAUCUUGACGGGACGAAAAACAAAACCAUAUCCACCAUCGCUACAGCCAAUGAAAUCAGCUAUGUUUGUUUUGCGUCUAUUCCUGGAUCGCAAGAGCAGAGAACGACAACUGUUUUAGUUAACCUACGAACAAGCUCUUCUCCCAUGCCUGCUGGAUCCAUAAUUCCGAUUGACAAGACAGAUGGAAGUGUGGCUAAAGUUGUUGUACCAGUUAUAUUCAUCAUUCUAUUGGCUGUGAUCUGUAUUUCAACCGUGCUGUGGCGUCGAAGGAAACAACAGAGGCGUCAAGGUAUAUACAUGGACGCCACGGUGGUCUAUCAACCGUCUUCGCUGGGAAAAAUAGACGGUAUAUACAUGGACGCCACGGUGGUCGAUCAACCGUCUUCGCUGGGAAAAAUAGACGGUAUAUACAUGGACGCCACGGUGGUCGAUCAACCGUCUUCGCUGGGAAAAAUAGACGGUAUAUACAUGGACGCCACGGUGGUCGAUCAACCGUCUUCGCUGGGAAAAAUAGACGGUAUAUACAUGGACGCCACGGUGGUCGAUCAACCGUCUUCGCUGGGAAAAAUAGACGGAAUUAUUUCUUAUUUCGAACUGGAAAAACUUGUUGAGAAGUUUGACAAUGGAUCUUUGAGUCUUAUUGUGGCCGAGUUGAUAGAGGAUUCCAAAGGAGAGCUGGAGUCUGAAAGUACGAAAGCUGAUCUCUAUAAAUACUUGUGCAAAUGGAAGGAGAGCUCGUCUGGGAGUGCCACUUUGCUCUACUCUGCAAUGGAGAAAAAUAAUCUUGAAAAUGAAGACUUCUUGGCAAGCAUAGACAAUGCAGUUUCUGAUGACGACUUGGAGCACAUUUGUUGGCACGUUCAUAGCUGUGGAAAGACGGUUCAACCCAUAGUAGAUUCGUUACAAUAUUCAGACACAAACAGUACCAAACUUGCAGAUAAUAGCCACAUCUCAGCACCAUCCAGGUGUGAAGAAAUUUGGGAUGACCUCAAAAUUAUGAAGAGAUGGAAAGCGAUGUCAGCCGCGAAAUCGUACAGAGAUGAAGAUGAACUUCAGAAAGCUAGAAAGAUAGGCUUCAAAAGCAAACAUACAGAACUAAUGCCGUCAAAUCAGAUGAUACAACUGUGUCGUGCUUUAGAGAAAGCAGGAAGGACGACUGGAGAUAGCGACGGCCAGGUGUAUCAUCAACUAUCCAAAACAUUUUAUAAGAUUCGAGGGGAGUACAAGAGCGAACUGACAGAUGAGGUCUUGAAGGAGUUUGCUCUCAAUAUCACCAAACCACACUGCCAGAUACUUGGAAACACUUUCAGACUUUCUGCAGACGCCACAGCUGCCAGGAAUGAAGAAGACCUUGAGAUGUUCAGGACGGACAUCAUGCUCAAGGAGUGGGUGCUGGAUCAAAAGUGCAGUAACUACGAAAUCAGGCGCAGAUUGAGACAAGCAGCAGAACAGUGCAACCGCCCGUAUAUCUCAGACAAUUUCAUCAGGAAAGAACAGAGUGAAGUCAUGACAUCAACCACGAAGCUGCCAGCAUGUCUGACAGUUACAAAUAAAAACCAGAGUCCUGGAGCCAGUACAUCAGAAAGAGUCCAAUCCAUUCAGUAG